AUGGCCGCCCUCCCGGCCGAGCCGGCGGAGGGCGCGACGCUGACCAUCGACAUCCACAGCGCGCGCAACACGACGCACCAGCGGCGGCGGCGCUUCGCGCCGGACGAGGUCGGCGACGUCGUCGUGCGCUACCUCGCCGCCGAAGGCUUCGGCGACUGCUUCGCCGGCGGCUGGACCCUCAACGACGCCACGGAGUACCCCGAGGCGCCGCUGCCGGUCGCCGCCUUCAGAGAGACGACGCUCCAGGCGUCCGGCCUCUGGCCGUCGGCGCGCCUCGCCCUGCGGCGCCGGCCGAGCCAUGCGUUCGUCGUGCGGACGACGCGGCCGAGCGACGGCGAGGCGCUCGUCGAGUGUUUAGGAGACGACCUCGUCUCCGACGUCGCGCGGCGCGCGGCCGCGGAGCUCGCGUCGCUCGCGGCCGUGCCGUCGCGGCGCUGGCGCGAGUGCCGCGUCGUCAAGGACGGGACGAUCCUGGACGGGGACGCGGAGGUCGGCGCGUGCUGCGACGCGGAGAGCGUGCUGUUCCUCGCGCCGCCGAAGCCCGAGGCCGAACCCGCGAGGCCGCGGCCGACGCGGGAGAACGCGCCGCACGUCGCGCGCCCGCCGCAGCCCGCCGAGGACCACGGCCCGCCCAUGUGCCGCAUCUGCUUCUCCGAGGAGGCGAGCCGCGACGACCCGCUCAUCUCGCCGUGCCUCUGCUCCGGGUCCAUGCGGCACGUCCACGUGUCCUGCUUGAACGCGUGGCGCGCGGCGGCGCCGGACGCGCGGGCCCAGUUCCGCUGCGACCAGUGCAAGUACGCCUACCGCAUCCAGCGCACGCGCGUCGCGGCCUUUUUGCAGAGCGAAAGGGGGGCCGUUUCCCUGGCCGCGGCGGGCCUCCUGACGCUCGCGUUCCUGCUGGGGGGCGCGGGCCUCGCCGGCACGUCGCCCGCGCAGCGCUGGCGCUUGUAUCGCUGGCUGCGGGUCGACAUCCACCCCUACCGGCCCGCGCGCUUCGGGGCGUUGCGCGAGGUGCUCACGCUCGGCGCCGCCGCGAUCGGGCUCCUCGUCUUCCUCCUCUACGCGGCGACGGAGCUCUACGUGGCCUACGCGCUCCACCGCGCGGGCGUCGACUGGCAGCGCGCGGCGCACCCGGCGCUGCUGCUGGGGCUCUGGGUCGCCGCGGAGACGCACGACGCGAAGCGCGGGCGCGCGCUCGCGGUCGUCGGCUUCGUCAUCGCCGCGCGGUCCGUCCACGUGUCCGCCUUCGCGACGAUGCGGCGCCUGAGCCAGCGCCUCGGGGACCGCGUCCUCGACGUCCAGGCGGCGCGGUGCCCCGCGAGCCCGUCCAGCCUCGCGCGGCGGCCGGCCGCCGCGGCCAAGGCGUCCGGGAGCAAGCGCAAGGCCGACGACGACGCGUCGAGCGGCGGCGGCACGACGCGGUCCGGCCGCGCCAAGGGCGUCGUGAGCCGCUACGACCCGACGGCCGUCGCGCGCGCGCCGCAGUGGGGCCGCGCGCCGUCUCCCAAAGACGGCAAGACGCGCCGCGCGUCCAUGGGCUGCACGUCCGGCGCGGACCGGCGCUUCGAGCCGCUGGACCGCGCCGCGCUGCCGCCCUGCGCGCCGGAGAACUACGCGCCGGAGCCGGACCUGCUCUACGCGGCCGCGUGGGCGCCGAGCGCCGACGCGGCGGACGACCUCGCGAGGCUCCGGGCGCUCGUGCCGGCCCUGCCUCUACCGCCGAGCCCGCCGGCGUCGCCCGGCGGCGUGCUGGCGGCGCUGCGCGCCGCGGCGCCGCCGCCGCUGUCGCCCGCGGGGCGGCCGCGCGCGCCGUCGGCGCCGAGCCCGCCGCGCGGGUCGUGCGACGUCGGCACGGGCGCGGCGCCGCCGUCGCCGCCGCCCCGGUCGCCGCCGCCGCGGUUGGCCCUGGGGUCGCCGGCCUGCCCCGCGAGCCCCGGCGCCUGGAGCCUGCUGCCGCCGCCGGAGUCGGGCGACGCGCCGCGCGUCGUCGUCGAUUGCUCGCCGCCGGACGCUUUGGCUCUGGAGGCGCUCUUCGCGGCGAAGAUGGACGUGAGCCGCGCGCGGAGCGCCCUGGAGCGGCGCGCCGUCGGCGUGCAGAGCGGCGCGCGGCCGGGCCGCGGCGAGUGCGAGGCGCUUUUAGAAGCUCACGGCGGCGACGUCAAUCACGUCGCGAAGCAGCGCUGCGGCGACGACGCGCCGCUGCGGCGGUCCGUGACGGGCGACCUGCUCGCGGCGCUCUACGCGCGGCGCACCUACUACGGCGACGACGACUCGUCCGUCGGCGCCUUCGAGGCCGAGCACGGCGUCGACGACGACGCCUCGGACUCGGAAUCGAGCGAGGAGGACGACGACGACGGCGCGCGGGUCGUCGUCUGCGACGACUGGGCCGGCGAGCGCGCCGUGCGCGAGAGCGUGUUGUUACCGCUCGCGGACCGCGCGGCGCGGCGCUUCUACGACCGCGCGCGCGCGUCCUGGGGCGGCGCGUCCUGGGACCUCAGGCGGGGCAAGACGGGCGCGGAGACGCUCGCGCCCCAGAUCUGCGAGCCGGGCAACCCGAACGCGCGCUACACCGUGCUCUGCGUCGAGAUCUACGUCGACAGCGACGACAACACGCCCGUCAUGGCCUUCCGGUGGUUCUACAAGAAGUCGGACCUCGACAAGAAGCUCGGCGCCGACGUCGACGCCAAGGACGAGCUCGUCCUCGCGCGGUCCAUCCACUCGACGCCCCUCGAGUACGUCCGGGGGGCCGUCGUCGUCCACGACAGCGACGGCCCCGCCAAGGCCGCGGGGCCCAAGGGCAAGCGCGCGCCCGUCUUCUUCUGCACCCGCGACUACGACGAGCGCAAGAAGAAGCUCUACAAGCGCCAGCUGUAG